AUGAUGCUGAAGAUAUUAACGUACGCGAGUUUCAUCGUAGCAGCGAACGCCUACCUGAGCCAUCAGCUUCCAGGACCAAUUCCCCACUCUCCCUACUACAAUCACAAUGCACUGGCCAGUCAUUACGGAUAUCACGGAGGCUAUCUCGGUAGCAACUACAACCACAUUCUCCCGCAUCCCGCGCCCGCAGCGAAUCCCUGGCUAGUUUCCCCAGGAGUUCACGCCAACAACGUGAACCCCCAUCAGUACCUGCACGGAGGACUGGUCCGACCGCACGCAGCGGUCCCGAAUUACGCACACUCGACGGCCCUAGCUCCAGCCCAACCCGUUGCCCACAACAAUCACGUUGUACCACCGUCUGUGCAAGUGGUGAAUCAACCGGCACCGGUGCGCCCCAUAAACUAUCAACAUCGGCCCGUCAUUCCUCCAGUUUUCUCCCAUCACACGAGCAUGUUUGAACACAAUGGCUAUCAAAAUCACGGCAACUGGGCCUGGUAA